UUGCAAUGCUCACCCAGGGGGGUUUGUCGCUAGCAGAACAUUUUGUGGCCGUCUUAAGAGUGCGUUUUUUUAUGGUUUUAUAAAAUUUGCAAGGGCUGUGACAGUGUUGAAGGAGGAGAGUGGUGCGACUUGGGUGAUGGUUCCGAUUUUUCCGCCCUGACAAUUGAAGUCUACUGAAGUGGCGGUUCUUCUAUUAUUGCGAGUGGGAGUGAGAUCGUUUGUGAAUGUUUUUUUUUUUUGGGGAGGUAGGUGGGAGUAACCUUGCCGUAUGUAUAAAGCGAUGCUGCACGGGGCGGACGUUUUCAUUUGGUUGUUGUUUAGCUCGGCAUAAGCGCGUGUGAUCGCCAAUUUUUGUUGUUGUUGUGAGUGAUGUGAAGGAACGUCCGUUUUGGACUGAUACACGUUGUGGUGCUAUAGAGAGUGUGUUUUUGUGUGUGUCAUAAAAGAUUUCGGAACGUACGGUGAUCGGUGAUCGGGAAAGAGGCACCACAAAAAGGACUUUAAAGGACGGAAACGUAAAGUGAUAAAUAUUGUUAAAUCGAACAAUAUUUUAAUCAUCGCAUUUAUUACAUUUCCUCAUCGGAAAACGAUUGGAAGUAUUGGAUAGAGAGAAAAAAAAACAACCUCCCCAAAGAUCAUCUCACUCGAGUUCGAGUUGCGAAAAUACGCGGAAACAUUAAACAAAUCAUAAAAAAAUAAACCUCGUGCCGUUGUGUUCAUUAAGCAACCGUUCGCUGCUUGUUGUGCGGUGUAAUCUUAAUUACUAAACAGCUUGCAUAUCCGUAAACGAACUCAUCAACUGUUGUUGUUCACGAACAUAAGAGGACUAUCUCCACCCUGCCCCCAAAACGUGUGUACAUGGAUCGGUGUGGAACAUUAUUGCAUAAAUUGAGAAAAUAGAAGCAAAAAAAUAACACCCCCAAAAACAUCAAUUGGCCAAAGGUAUCGUGUGGAGGAGUGAGAGAAAAAAAACGAACCAUCUUGCAGCUGCUCGAGGGUGCCCGACAUCCCUUAGUACGUCUCCACUCGAACGCCACACGGUUAUUCAAAACAAAUAAGAAACAUCUCCUAUUGUGCGGAUUUCGAACUGGAAGCAUCACUUUUUUCGGAAAGUUUGUACCGGAAUUAGCUUCCUGCACUGCAAGAGGAGGCUGGAAUCGCUUCGGGUUUCACGUUUAGGCGCGUGACUGCAUACGAACGAGCUGAGCGUACGGGCAGGCGACGAACCCGCGGAGUACGGCACAACACGGCAAGCAUCAUGUGGAAGUAUACGGUUUUGUUGGUGGCGUUCGGUGUGUUUCUAUACAACAGCCAUGAAACGUACGGUCAAAUCUUCGGAUACGAACCGAACGUUGACUAUCCUGCGUACGAUAAGAUCCCGUCCGGGUUAACGUUCCGGUGUGCGGACCGGCAACCUGGCUACUAUGCGGACAUUCAGACACGUUGCCAGGUGUGGCACUGGUGCUUACCGACCGGCUACAUGUUUUCCUUCCUCUGCCCGAACGGAACCGUCUUCAACCAAGUAUCGAUCAGUUUCGAAGUUGGGAUUUGGAAACGAAUCCCGAACGCUUUGCACCGUAUCAUUCUAACAUGUUUCCUUCUCACACAGGCAUACCGUGUUUGUGACUGGUGGACAAACGUGAACUGCGAAGGUUCGGAAGACAUGUACAGCAUCAACGAUGAUCUGUAUCGAGAUGAUGCAGGCAAUCUGAUCGUUGGAUAGCCAAAUCGUACCGUAGCAAAGUAAGCAAUCAACGGUGCGGUACCGAUCCUAUUAGGGUGCAGUGCUGUUGAGAAAAAAAGUCGUCCAAAAAAAAAAGUUGUGCGCCGUUCUGGCGCAUCGUGAGAUUCCUGUUUUAUGUUUCGUUUUAUUUUUGUAAAUAUAAUUUAUACACUGUGAACAGAAUGAAUAAAUAGUUCUGGAAAAAAUA